AUGCCUCACAUUCAACUUCGAUAUGUAGUAACGCUGGAUCAUCGAAAGGCGGGUGCCUUGAUUGGGAAACUCGCUUGCAAAAACAACUUCAACGAGCAUUCAUUUCAGGUCAUGGCAUUGAUGCUCAAAUCCAGGGCAGGAAUCCCUCUCACCAGACAAGAGCUUCACAAGUAUUCCCUCCAGAUACACGACAAGAACUUUACUGCAGGCGAAGAUGGUUGGUACGAGGAGGCGCGAAAGUUGAACAUUGUCGCACUUCCACAAAAGAGAACUCUCAAAAACUGCUACGUGCUGGUGGUGGAUCAAGUGCACCCAAAUGCCGCGUCGAGUCCUCAUGUGAUUGUGGGCGACUUCAGUAUCCACAAGGACGCCAACAAGAGCCGAGUGUGCAAAUACGAGAAUGCGAGUUGCAAAGACGAUGCCAACAACCCAGCUCACAACCCAGAGGACAAGCCAAUGCCGCAGCCUUGCCUUUCCAACGAGAAAGUUGCAGCUAUGGUCAAUGGAUCUGAAGAGUACAAAGCCUUGGUUCGCUGGUCAUCUUGUACGCAGACUUGUCGUGCCGACCACGAACAUGAUAUUCCCUACUUUGCCAAAAUUGACAACUGGGAGGAACUCAUUCGCUACAAAGUCCAGCAAGCGAAUGGAAACUCCGGUUGCGAGACUCGUCAACCGGACAAUCUACGAGCUGCCACUGCGAGAGGCGGCGGUGUUGUUGAUCUUCCGGUCGACAGCAACGGAGACGAAGAGUUUGCUGCCGUGGGUGGUGGUGGCGGUGAAGCUGGUGAAGCUGGCGAAGCAACUGCGGAGGUCGAAGCCAUCCCAGAGGCCGAGGCCGAAUUUCCACCGAUGCCUCCACUCAACCACACGGCUGCGAUUCCACCAGCCCAGGCUGCUUUUCUCACUCAAGAACAAGUCGAGGCAGAGCUUGCCGCUACUGUGAUUGAACGGGAUGAGCUGCGAUCGAAGGUAGAUGGACUGCAAUCACAGCAUGAUGACACCAAGAAAGAGCUGGAGAUGAAAGAGAAGUGGUUUUCGCAGCAGCUCCAUACUGCUUUGAAGACGGGCUACGAACAAGCCCAGAAAGAUUUGCACGACAGUCAAGAGCGUCUCAAGGUGGAGCUAGUCAAGAUCAAAACAGAAAAUGCAAAUCUAAAACUCAAGCUCGCAGAGAUCGCCCAGAAAGCCUUGAACCAAGGCCGAGAAGAAGAACAGCCCAAGGCGCAGCCCGCCAAGAUAGGAAAGGAAAACAAAAGUAUGCGGCGACAGCUUGCACAAGGGAAGCCCCGGGUUCCUGAUGCUUGUGUCUCCACCGUCAAUACUGUUUUUGAUGGGAAUGGCACAACUGACAAGUCACACCGCGACAAGAAAAGAGCUCCUUGUCGUGAGCGUACGGGUACGGAAACCGACAAUCAGCGUGCUGGAAAGAAGAAAAGCAAGCCAUCAAACGGAGGAGUCUCUGCAACUCCUAACCCUGUCCGCAUGGCACCAAUCAAGUGUGAGCCUGUAAUUUCCAGCUCACAGGGCGAUCUGGUGCCAGGAUUCCAACCUUCUGAUGGCUGUACCGGUACUGUGAUGCGUGUUGUCAAAAAGGAAACCCCACCAGCUCCUUGA